AUGGAAACCAAUUCCGGCGCUGCGGAGCCGCCAACGCCCGCAUCGCCAGACAGCGGCGAGGGGCGCGGACGCCGUCGCGACAGAAGUGAAGACGAUGGCGGCGACGGGGACGAGGGCACGGGCUCUAGGAAGAGACGGAGGAGCAGAAAAGGGCUCGACAAGAAAUUUGAAUGUCCGCACGAGGGCUGCGGGAAGAGCUACUCGCGCGCCGAGCACCUAUACAGGCACCAGCUGAACCACAACCCCAAGCAAAUCUACCACUGCGACUUCCCAGACUGCCACCGCUCCUUCGUUCGACAAGACCUCUGCGCGCGACACAAGGAGAGACACACCGCUCGAGGCUCCCAGCUCCUGCGCAAAGAUACCUUCAAUAUGCACAACCUGAAUCCGAUUGUGACGGCAGCCCUGGGCGGUAAGAAUGCGCCGCCAGCGAAGCCAAUGGAUAUGAAGAGGCAAACGCCACAUGGACUGCAGUCUCCAGCGUCUGCAACAACAUCCAAUCUUGCGAGCCAGAUGUCGCCACCAACCUACCACUCGCCCGCGUCGAGCAUGAACAGAAACGACUCUCUGCAGCGCAAUGGAAGUGAAGACGCGUAUCGAAAUAGCUCAGACGUCAAGCCUUAUGACAUGCAGGCCCAAGGCGCUGGGAACUUUGCACCCCCACCGCGUCCGUCCGCUUUGGGUAACUACAGUGGAGGUCGAACACCUCUCCACAACUCCCCACAUGUGGGUAACGGCAACUUCACACGGCCCGACUUGCGCGCGCAGACCUCAAACAUCUCAGGUUAUGGCUCGAGCUCGCCCUAUAGCGCAGCUGAGAACCAGUACUACAAUGGCACCACUGGGCAGACCCCAAUGAAUGGGGUUGAGUCCACUGCCGCCCAAUUGAACGGCGUCUCGGAAGCCAUUAUGGAUCAAACACCAUCCUAUGCUAUGCCCAUGUUUGGGGGCGAAGGUUACAGUCGCUCGCCGUUUGCCAUGGCUGACGAUUUUGCCGCAUGGUUGUUUAAUGACAACCAGCUCGCCGCCGGCGGAGCAUCUCCAAUGGGCUACCCGGCCGGAGGUAACCCCGUAGCGGGUGCAUCUUCUCAGAUUGGAUUACAGGCACCUUAUUUCAACUACGAUCCUUCGGUUUCUGGCUACCAGAACAAUCCUGCGCCUCCAGUAUCACAUCCAAUGGCAGUACAUAGCAUUCUUGACACUACUCUACCCGAAUCUGCGCUAUCGGAAGAUAAGCGCCAGGCACUGCUCGACAUCAUCCAUCAUCGCUUCAACGAGACUGACCAUGCUCCAGUCAAGAAACAGAAAGAGGACAUCAUGGAGGGCAACAAGGACGACGACCAUCAUGUCCUGAGCUUACGCAUGAUGCAGACUUAUAUUAGCUCGUACUGGGUCCACUUCCAUCCUCAGCUGCCGAUCCUCCACAAGCCGACAUUCAACGCAAGCAAUUGCCCUGAUCUUCUGCUACUCACCAUCAUGUGUCUUGGUGGAUCAUGCCUAGAGAAGAACUAUGGGCACGAAGUGACGCAGGCUUGCGCUGCGCUAUCCAACUUCCUUGCUUGGCACCUCAGGUGGGAGCUCUUCAUGGAUGCUGACUUCCGCCCGCCGGCAAAGCUGUGGAUAUUCCAAAGUCUUCUCUUGCUCGAAGUCUUUGAGAAGAUGUACUCCACUCGCCCGCUACACGAGCGCGCACACAUCCACCAUGCAACCACCCUGACGCUAAUGCGGCGAGGGAGCUCGCUCAUUGGAAGGUCAGCCCUGGACUCGCCCCCAAGCAUGAAGGAUGGAAAGAGUGGUUCGAUUGGCGGCACACACACACCUGACGAAUGGUGGAACCAUUGGAUCACGAAUGAGGCUACUAGGAGAGCAGCAUUUGCGGCCUUUGUCAUGGACAGCAUACAUGCCACCAUGUUUGGACACAGUGCCGUCAUGGUUGCACAUGAGAUGCGUCUACCAUUGCCAUGCGACGAAGCACUGUGGUCUGCGACAAGCAGCUCGGAAGUGGGACGGGUCGAAGCAAGCCUGCACUCCAACGGGGUCAAGCAAAUGAGCUUCCUCGAUGGCCUCAAGAAAACACUGAACGGGCAAACUGUGCGUACAAACUCUUUCGGUCGCACAAUCUUGAUGGCAGGUCUGCUUAGUGUCUCGUGGCACAUGAAUCAGCGAGACCUCCAAGUCAGCUCGCUUGGUGUCACACAGGCUUUGGGUGGACGCGAUAAGUGGCGAGGCUCACUCACUCGCGCGUUCGACUUCUGGAAGCAGGAUUUUGACAGCUCGCUUGCACGCCCGAACGACUUCACCGUACCGACUACAUUUGCCUACUCGAACGGAAUGGACGACGACAACGUUUUCGAGGCCAGGACUGUGCUACAUCAUCUCGCACACAUGGCGAUGCAUGUCGAUAUUGUGGACUGUCAGAUCUAUGCUGGCGCUGCACGGUUACUCGGUCGCUCCAUUACGCCACAAGACUACAACGGCGCUCAGCGGCGUAUGAAGGAAGUAUGGGCACCAACUGCUCGCGCUCGGGAUGCUACCUUCUAUGCUCUGCAAUUCCUAUCAAAAGUCAUGGUCGCUGGAGAUCACACUCUCAACCCCAAAACUGCACCACAGGCGGGCUUCUCCUAUUCGGCUCGGGACGACUUUCUUCUCAACCGACCUUGGGUGCUCUACUUCGCCACUCUCAUCGUCUGGUCAUACGGAUACGCGCUCGACGGACCUAUCACCCCGCCCUACUCUAUCCCUACCCACGAGGAUAAAGUCAAGGACAUGGCCGGCUUCUUGACACGCGUUGGAGGCGUCAGCAAGCCAGACGACCUGGCCAAUCUGCGCGAUCGGAAUGCAUGUCUUGGACUCCUCAUCAUCAUGCGCGACAUGUUCAAGAAGACGAGGUGGGAGCUGCUACACGAGGCGAGCAACUUAUUGACCAAGUGCAUCGAGAUGCUUGUCCCUGGCGGUGACUACUAA